AGACGGAGGAGAAGAAAGAAAGAAAGAGAGGGAACACAAAAUUUAAUCCAAAAACAAAGACGGCUUUUAAGCGUAUCUUUGCUUGUGAAUUUGGCUUUCAUUUUCUCUUUACUCUUUUCUUUCAAUCCAUAAAACGACGAAAAAAAUAACUGAAACAUCUUGUCGCCAUCUCAAAAAUGAAAAUAUUAUAAUCAUUUAUCAUUACUCUCUCAUUCUCUCUCUUUUUCGUUCUUUCUUUCUUUCUUUCUUGUUUUGAUCGGAUCUGAAGAACUAGCAAUUCAGGGUUGCAGAAAGGCCGAAUAAUAAUAACAACAACAAUCACAAAGUUGUUUCACUUUCUUAAUUCUCUCCUUCUGAGGUGUGUUUUUGGCCUUUUGGGUUCUCUCAUUACUAAUUCUUUUUCACAGUCAUGCAAGAUUGCUUCUUCUGCAUUGUCUUCUCUCUUGUUUAAUCAGUUCCUUGAUUUUAGAUAUAAACAAAGUAUGAUUUGAAGAUUCUGCCAUUAAUGGCUUGGUUGUCAUUCCUUGCUCCAUCUCUAAAGAUUGUUGUGCUUGGUUGGAUUUUGGUGUGAUAGAGCUGCUGUGAAGGUGCUUCAUGGAUUCAUUUAGUAAUGGAGUUGAUUCUUCUUCAAAGACUCAGAAUUCAACUGCUAUAGUGGGGAACAAUCCUCCAGCCACAUCAUUGGAUCCUCGCUGUUCUCGGCCUCCAUCUGCAAAACAAUCUAGAUAUGAAGGUUCCACCACGUAUUAUGCAAGUGUUAAUAAUCCUGGCAUGAAACAUCCAAAUGGUUCUGCUACAAAUCAGAAGCAUUCCUACAAAAUGGCACAUGAUCCUAUGCGAUACAAAGAAUUGCCUGAUAUGGCCAAACACUUCUAUAGUCCACAUAAGGGUAAGCCUGAAUUUGAUGGCUCAAAUGAAGUUCUUAAUCAAUCAGCAGAGGAAGUUUCGAUGGUGCAAGCCAAAUCUUUCAUCAAGCAUCCUAUUGAUGAUCCUGAGAGUUCUAAUUCAAGUGGCUCACUUGAAUCUGAAAGUAUUGUCUCAAGUUCAUGUGGAGGAGAUGUUCGGGUGCCGAAUAGCCACGUAGCAUCUCAAUCAGCCAUAAGCUUUUGUUCAAGUCCUUCAAACAGUGUCUACACUGCCACUUGUUAUAUGGAAGCAAAACGAAGUUUCACUGACACAGAAGUUAGUGAAGAAGCAAGCUCUAUUGAGAAACCAGGUGAAAGUGGUGAUGUAAGUAACUCCUACGAUAUUGAGAGCAGGAAGACAAGUAUCUACAGAGGCAGCACAGGUAGCGAUGUUAGCGAUGAAAGAAGCUCCAGCAGUUUAACCGGUACCCUGUACAAGCCCCACAAAGCAAAUGAUAUAAGAUGGGAAGCUAUUCAAGCUGUCCAAUCUCGUGAGGGAGCAUUGGGGUUGAAUCACUUUAAAUUGUUGAGGCAACUGGGAUCUGGAGAUAUAGGCAAUGUUUAUCUAUCUGAGUUGACUGGUACAAGAACUUGUUUUGCUAUGAAAGUUAUGGAGAAAGCAACUCUAACAGCUCGGAAGAAGCUUCCAAGGGCCCAAACUGAACGAGAGAUAUUGCAAUCUCUGGAUCAUCCAUUUCUACCCACUUUGUAUGCACAUUUUGAGACAGAAAAGUUCUCUUGCUUGGUGAUGGAGUUCUGCCCUGGAGGAGACCUACAUACGCUCAGGCAAAGACAACCUGGGAAGUAUUUUCCGGAGCAUGCUGCCCGGUUUUAUGUUGCAGAAGUUCUCCUUGCUUUGGAGUACCUGCACAUGCUUGGGAUCAUUUACAGAGACCUUAAACCAGAGAAUGUUUUGGUGAGGGAAGAUGGGCACAUAAUGCUUUCAGAUUUCGACCUCUCUUUAAGAUGUGCUGUCUGCCCAACUCUGGUCAAAUCAUCACACUUGACCAUGGAGUCAAAAAAUUCAGCAUAUUGCUCGCAGCCUGCUUGCAUUGAGCCAACUUGUGUAAUGCAGCCGGAUUGCAUCCAACCAGCAUGUUUUGGACCACGCUUCUUGUCAAGAAAGGCCAAGAAAGAUAAAAAAGCUAAGCCAAAUAAUGAGACAAAUCAUCAAGUAAGCCCUCUCCCUGAACUGAUUGCUGAACCCACAAAUGCUCGAUCAAUGUCCUUUGUGGGCACGCAUGAGUACUUGGCACCUGAAAUAAUUAAAGGCGAGGGCCAUGGCAGUGCUGUAGAUUGGUGGACAUUUGGCAUCUUCCUUUAUGAGCUUUUGUUUGGUAAAACUCCUUUCAAGGGGGCAGGAAAUCGGGCUACACUGUUUAAUGUAAUUGGCCAUCCAUUAAGAUUUCCAGAAUCACCUCCUGUGAGUUUUGCUGCUAGGGACUUGAUCAGAGGUUUACUUGUGAAAGAACCACAGCAUCGUCUUGCCUAUAGGCGAGGAGCUACUGAAAUAAAACAACAUCCAUUCUUUCAGAGUGUGAAUUGGGCACUCAUUCGUUGCACAAAUCCCCCAGAGGUGCCAAGACAAGCCAUGAUGGAUAUUCUUAUGAGAGCUGAUGCGCCAAAAGCACCCAAAGUUGAGAAUGUGCCAGGUGUAGAUGUGAAGCCUUCAGGUAAUUAUCUAGAGAUUGAUUUCUUUUGAUUUCUGUGAUCAGUGUCCUUCUUCAGACCAGCUUUCUACAGCCUCGUGUGUCUUGUGCUUCAAUGGUUCUUCUUCCAUUGCAAGGGGUUUUUUCCCCUUGGUAGCCACUUGUAAACUUUUCCUUUAAACAAGCAUGAUAAGCAACACUGAGGAAAAAGCAAAUGCAAUUAACUGAGGAAUGAAGUUGUUCUUUCAUUUCUGUCAAAAA